AUGGCCGCUGCGGAAGGCAAACCCACUAACGUCUACAUCCAUCGACAAGCAGGCACGCCCAAAUCCUGCUUUGUCUGCUACAAGAGUUCGCCGCACGUGCUCGUUUCACAGUCCAUCCCUGCGCUUGACUUUCUCUACGUCUGCCAUGCGCACCUAGCAGACCGUCACUUUGCAACCAAGCUCUCCGAUCCUGCAUCUACAACUGCAUCUGCGUCCUCAUCAGGCGAGAGGUUGCCGGACAAAGUGAGCCAGGACGAGAUUGCAAAGAUCAAGGCCGAAUACGAAGCAAAGCAGAAAGCUAAAGAGGGUGCCAAGGAAAAGGACAAAGACAAGGACAAAGAGAGCAAGCCGCUUACUGCCAUGUCUGUGGCAGGGACUGUGUUCUCGACCGUCACGUCUACCGUUACUGGUCUGGCUUCUUCGGCGAUCAGCUCCAUCCCAACAGACUCAGCGCAGACGACAUCAUCAAAAACCGCGCCAACGUCAACAACGACGACUGCAGCAGCAGCGGAUACACUCGCAAAGCAGCAUCCACUCCAUGCAAAGUACGCCCUACACCGAGAAUUCUAUGCAGCAAGAGUGCGUGAAUGGAAUAACAAGAUGGUCAAGAAGAAGGCGAGGGAGCUCAACAUGCCACCUGCGCCUAGAAACGCUUUAUCGUAA